UUAGAGAGAACCAAACAUGUUACUCACCAAUGCAUACAAUUAUACUGAUUCUCAACAAAUCUGAUGGUAAUCUAAGCCGCAGAUGAAGGUUGCCAGCCAUGUAGCAGAACUGAUCUAAGUAUUGGGAGAGAUUUUUCUAUUCUUUUCAGCUUGCCCGCUUCGCCAUGGCCUCUGAGGUGCUGGCAGGAUCUGAGGAACCCCAGCAAUCGGCCCACAGGGAAAGCAUGGAGACAGAUGUGCGCAAACUCCCGGCGGCGAAGCAGCAAGCCCCUGAUAACACCAGGAAAAGUGACCUUUCGGCACUGUGCAUUACCCCUCCUCCUGAACUACUGGGAGAGGUUUUGAAGGAACACUAUGACUACCUACCAAACCAGUCCUCCAUCAACAGGAUGAAGAGACACUCAUCAGGACACUACCUGUGUAUAGAGAAUUUUCAGGAUAUUCUGGAAAGGAGACAUGCAGCCAAUGCCAAGGAAAGGGAGCGGAUCAGAAAUAUCAAUAGUGGUUUUUCCAAGUUGAAGACUAUUGUGCCGCUCAUCCCCAAAGAUCGAAAACCAAGCAAAGUGGACACACUGAAAGCGGCAACAGAAUACAUAAGACUUCUACAUGAUAUCCUGGUUGAAACUGGAGGUUUUGAGAAAAUAGAAGAUGUUCCUGACCUAGAAACCCCUGAAAGAUACAUGGGCCCAAUUCCUAUGAGAUGUGACUUUAUGGGCCCUACCGGAAUGCCAUUUAUGGUUAAAACUGAAGACCCAAUGGGCUUGUGGAGGGCAGCGGGAAUGUUUCCUGGAUACCUGGGUUUCUUACAGAUUAACAAGAGUGGCAAAGUGGCAUUUCAGAGUGGUCAUUAAACCUACUGCUGCCUCUCCAGACACCGUACAAUCUUCUGCAAUUCGGCCAUGAGUAUUGACACCUUGGAUGUUUCAAGCCUUCUCAUACACAACAAGCUACAUUUCUGGACCAGAAUUCAAGAACUACUGUACUUGCGUUGGCGUGUCUUCAGCAUUGUUAUAUUUUCAGUUAUGGAUGAAUCCGCUCUAAUGUGUGUUUUUUUGUGUUUGUUUUUUUUGUGAUGCACUUUUGCUCUUUCACAUAUUUAUGUUGCAUUAAAUAGUAAUUUGUAGAGUAUCCACUAGAGGGAGCUAAUACAAUAUUUUUACAAGCCUUCAGCUUUAAAGAUAACAAAUGGGCUGCUUGGUGAGUGCUGUGUUUUGUGACCUGACCAACUCUGU